UUCGUCGCACGCAUGCGCCCCGAAUAAAAUGCAAAGCAAACGCUCCGCUAGUCAUUAGCAAUCCUAUCUUGCGCGUGCCUGAGAUCGCUUCUACAACCAACCAGCAGGCUACCCCUGCGAAAUCAGGCUUUCAGAAUGUGCAGUUCAAGUGGGCGGAGCCACCGCUCUAACCGGCCUUUCAGAAAGAAGCCGCCUUAGCAACGGCUCUGCAAGAACGGCAGCCAUGACACAAUCUGUGGUGGUGCAGGUGGGUCAAUGCGGGAACCAGAUCGGCUGCCGUUUCUGGGAUCUGGCGCUGCGGGAACAUGCCACCGUCAAUCAGAAAGGAAUUUAUGAUGAAGCAUUGAGCAGUUUCUUUAGAAAUGUGGACACAAGGUCAGAUGAUGCUGAUACUUCCAGAGGAAAGAUUUGUUCCUUAAAAGCACGUGCUCUGCUGCUUGACAUGGAAGAGGGUGUAGUAAAUGAAAUUCUUCAAGGGCCAUUGAGAGAUGUCUUUGAUAGCAAGCAGCUGAUCACAGAUGUUUCUGGCUCAGGAAACAACUGGGCUGUAGGUCACAAAAUGUAUGGAUGUCAGUACGAAGAACGUAUUGUAGAAAAGCUGAGGAAGAUUGCAGAGCACUGUGACUGUCUGCAAUGCUUUUUUGUCAUUCAUUCCAUGGGAGGGGGGACAGGAUCUGGCCUUGGUACAUUUGUGCUAAAUGUGCUCGAAGAGCAAUUCCCAGAAGUGUAUAGAUUUGUUACUUCAGUUUAUCCUUCGAGGGAGGAUGAUGUCAUUACAUCUCCUUAUAACAGUGUCUUGGCUAUGAAGGAGCUCAGUGAGCAUGCGGACUGCGUAUUGCCAAUUGAAAAUGAAUCUUUAUUUGACAUAGUUAGUAAAAUUAAUCUAAUGACCAAAAGUGGAAAACUAAGCUCAAAUAUAAAGCAAGCUAGCUUGGUAACUUCAGGUGGAAUAAAAACUGCCAAGGAGAAACCCUUUGAUGCUAUGAACAAUAUUGUGGCCAAUUUACUGUUGAACUUAACAAGCUCUGCUAGGUUUGAAGGAUCACUUAAUAUGGAUCUUAAUGAAAUCACCAUGAAUUUGGUCCCAUUUCCUCAACUGCAUUAUUUGGUUUCCAGUUUAACUCCUCUGUACACGUUGGCUGAUGUUAAUGUGCCUUCUCGAAGGCUGGAUCAAAUGUUUUCAGAUGCUUUUAGUAAAGAUCACCAACUGAUAAGAGCUGACCCAAAGCACUGCUUGUAUCUUGCUUGUGCUCUUCUAGUCAGAGGAAAUGUGCAUGUUUCAGAUCUUCGCAGAAACAUAGAAAGAUUGAAACCUUCACUUAAUUUUGUCUCCUGGAACCAAGAAGGCUGGAAAACAGGCUUAUGUUCAGUACCUCCCGUGGGCCAUUCCCACUCAUUGUUGGCCCUGGCAAAUAAUACUUGUGUGAAACCUACUUUUCUAGAACUCAAGGAGAGAUUCUUGAGGCUGUACAAGAAAAAGGCUCACCUUCACCAUUACCUACACGCUGAUGGAAUGGAGCAGAGCUGCUUCUCUGAAGCCCUUUCAUCUUUGUCAGAUUUAAUAGAAGACUAUAAUCAGCUCGAUGCCACAAACUGUGGACCUGCAAUAGAUCCACCAAGACUGAAGAUAGCUAUGUAACAAUGAAAGUGAAAACCUUAAAAGUAAAGGAAGUUGCUAGCUAUGCAUGUGCAGUCCAACCUGCCUUAAACACUAUUCAUUGAUUUCAGUGGGAAAAACCUAAGAAUUUACUGCACAUGCCACAUAAAGUAAAGUAACAGAUGACCUUAUAUAGUAGCUCAGAAUAUCACUCUGAACAGACAGCUGAAAUGCUCAAUUUCAGUAGCAGUGCCAUAUCAAGUGAGUUACUUGUCCAAUUGUACAGAAGCUAGAUUAUGUACUUUAUAGCAAUAGAAGAAUAUAUUAUAUACUGUAUUGUAUUGUGCUUCUUGUUUAAGCACGAUAAUCAGAGAUAUUUUAUACAUUAAAUUAUAAAACACGU